AGGAACUGCAAAAUCCUAUUUGUUUCGAGGCACGUGAAGGCAGCUGUAGUCACGCGACGCGUUGUUUCUCUCCGACAGAACAAAUAUGGCGGAUGAUGGAGAGUCAUUGGAGUCUUGGCUCAACAAAGCCACCAAUCCCUCCAACAGACAGGAAGACUGGGAGUACAUCAUGGGUUUCUGUGAUCAAAUUAAUAAAGAGCUUGAAGGCCAUCAAAUAUCCGUCAGGCUGCUGGCGCACAAGAUUCAGUCCCCUCAGGAGUGGGAGGCAUUGCAAGGAUUAACGGUUCUUGAGGCGUGUAUGAAAAACUGUGGCCGACGGUUUCACAAUGAAGUUGGAAAAUUUAAGUUUUUAAACGAGUUGAUAAAAGUGGUCUCACCUAAAUACCUAGGAGACAGAGUGUCUGAUAAAGUGAAGACGAAGGUCAUAGAAAUGCUGUAUACUUGGACCGUGUCUCUCCCCGAUGAAGCAAAGAUCUGCGAGGCAUAUCAGAUGCUCAAAUCUCAGGGUAUUGUUGUCGUCGACCCAGAAGUCCCCCUGGACGCCACGCUGAUCCCCUCACCGUCUCCACGACCCAAAAAUCCUGUGUUUGACGAUGAGAAAAGGAGCAAGAGAUUAGCUGAACUCCUGAAAAGCAAAAGGCCAGAAGAUCUUCAAGAGGCGAAUCGGCUCAUCAAAAAUAUGGUGAAGGAGGAUGAGGUGAGAUCUCAGAAAGCAGCAAAACAAAGAAGCACGCUGGAGGCCGUCAACAACAGUGUGAAACUCCUCAAUGAGAUGCUGGCUCACUUCAGCCCUGAAGACUCCACCGAAGCGGAUAAAGAGCUUAUUAAGGAAUUGUACAGCGACUGUGAUAAGCUCAGACAAACGGUAUUUAAACUGGCCACCGAGACGGAGGAUAAUGACAGCAACUUGGGAGAGAUCCUGCAGGCCAACGAUGACCUCUCCACCGCAAUGAACUCCUAUAAGAAGAUUGUUGAAGGCCAGACCGUCAGCGGAGACCCUGAAGUCGCACAAGGCUCUGGAAGCACAAACGAUUCAGAGAUUCUCAUCGACCUGGUGGGUCUUGACAGGAAGACUCCCUCUCAGCCUGAGCCUGAACCUCAAGCCUCUUCUCUGGGUUUUUCGGGCAAUUUGCUUUGCGAAACGGCGCCCGCCGAGCUUCGUUCUAAGAGUGCCGCUCCGCCUUCUGCAGCCCUCUCCCUGCUGGAUGAAGAGCUGCUAUCUUUAGGCCUGAAUGAUCCUGGUCCUGUAGUUAAUGAAUCAAGCACCUCCAAUCAGAGCAAUCAUUUACCACCUCAACAGGAGUCCAGUCAACCUUUGGACCUUUUUGACUCCAGUUUGCCCGCCUUUAAUGCACUGUCGACACCUUCGCUCUUUCAACCAGCCCUCUCUGCGACGCUGACCUCAGUGACUCCCACCAGAGUGGCUGCCGCUUCCUCUGCCUCAAACUUCCCCAGCGCUGCCUUUUCAACACUCUCCGCUGGUGCAGCUUCAGAUUUUCCAGCAUCGGCUUCGUUCCCACAGCCGCCGGGCUCGGCUCUGAGCGGCGCGGCGCCUGCAGGUCCUUCGCCGUCACGCUGCAUGACCGCGCCGGCUCUCUCCACCGGCCUUCAGCACGUCUUCCAGCCUGGUCCAUCAUCUCUCAGUAACAAUUUACAAGACCUGGCCAUGCUGGAUCUGGGUAGUAAUGAUAUUCACAGUGGCAGCUCCACUUCAGCGAUGGCGGCCGAGAUGCCAGGAUGGUCGACUCCUCCGACUCUCCGGAGCCUCUCUGACAACAGCCCCCUGCUCCGCUCCAUGUCUCCCAUUCAGCCCCUGAGCCAGACCAGUCCAAGCAAAGGAGACGAGGCGUCCCUGGCUGCUGUUUUCGUCCCGCUGGAGGCCAUUAAACCAAGUACGCUCUGUCCUGUGACGGCGUACGACAGAAACGGUGUUCGCGUCCUGCUCCAUUUUGCCUCCGACUGCCCGCCUAGCAGGCCUGACGUGCUGGUGAUGGUGACCUCAAUGCUCAACACAGCCCCGCAGCCCGUCAGGAACAUUGUUCUCCAGGCUGCUGUGCCCAGGACGAUGAAGGUGAAGCUGCAGCCGCCCUCUGGGACAGACCUGGCUCCUUUCAAUCCAAUUCUCCCCCCUGCUGCCAUCUCUCAGGUCGUGCUGCUGGCAAAUCCUCUGAAGGAAAAAGUUCGGAUGAGAUUCAAACUGAUGUUUACGUUGGGAGAGCAGCCGUUCACAGAAGUGGGGGAGGUGAACGACUUUCCGCCUGCUGAUAGAUGGGGGGCUCUAUAAGUGCUGUACGUCAGCUCAUCGCAAACACCGCAAGCUUAAAAACCGUUUUAUUGUAUAUAGAAGGUUGGAUUAAAAACUUGAAUAAACCAGGAGCAGGCUGAGAUGCAGAAGGCAUGAAGUGUGACUGGUGGUUAGAAGCCAGUGAGACUCCAAUAUUAGUCCAUAAUGGUGUUAAAGUCAUUUUAUCUUAAUUUAAAUCCUACAUUUCUACAGAAGAGGAUUAGGGCCACUGGAAAAAUAAAAAAAAAGUUAAUUGAUUUUUAAAAUUUUAAAAGUUUAAAUAAAAUAAUGACUUUUUUU